GUAGUACUACACUCCAUUGUCCAUGACCAUCCUCUGCUUGUCCCGGGGAGAUAGGCUCACUGAGCAUCGCGAGGCCCCUGGCAUUGUCUACCUAGGUACUUACCUACCUACCUAGUACUUAGGGGAGCUUUCCGUGUUUCUCACUUUACCACUUCACUUUAGACGCUUCGUCUUGCGUGAACCUCUUGCGCACUGGCGUCCCUCGUACACCAUGGCAAGCAGUCUCACGAACCCGUUGAAACGCCUCGGGUUUAAAAGAACGAAUACUACGGAUGCACAGGUCGUGGAGGGCAAGGUUGCCAACACCAGCGCCACAGAAUGGACAGAUCGUGGCGACGCGGAUGCCUCCAAGAUCGCACAGGAGUUUGCUAAAGAGCCCAAGCAUGACCACUCCGACACGUCCAGAAAUCUCUCCGAAGUCGAGGCCAACUUGCGACUGAACAAGUUCCGCGAGGAGCACAAUUUCGACCCCAAUCUCCCAGACUCCGCCUUUGAUGCCAUCAAAGAUGUCACCCAAACACAUAAUGUGGAUGGCGAAGCCGUCCUCGUUGACGAGCUCCUCAAUGACUCGCCAUAUCCCGAGGUCCGUGCUGUUGUUCGCAACUAUGACGAGGAGAUGCCCACCAGCACCAUUCGUGCCUGGACGAUAGGCCUCGUAUUGACCACUGUGGUAUCUGGCUGCAAUGCGCUGUUCAUCUUGCGAUAUCCUAUCAUCAGUAUCGGCCCAUACGUGGUCCAACUGAUCGCCUACCCCAUUGGCGUGGGCUGGGCCAAAGUGAUGCCAAACCGCGAGUUCUCGUUCCUCGGCUUGAAGGGCAAUUUGAAUCCUGGACCGUUCAACGUCAAGGAGCACGUUCUCAUCGUUGUGAUGGCCAACGCCGCUUUCGGAGGUGGUACCGGCUACUUCAUCGACACUGUGGUGUCACUUCAAAAGUUCUACCACAUCACAAGCUUCAAGUGGGGCUUCAACCUACUCUUUGCGCUGUCCACACAGUGCUUGGGUUUCGGUCUGGCUGGAGUUGUGAGGAAAUGGCUUGUGGAACCGUCAUCCAUGAUUUGGCCGGCCGCUCUGGUGAACGUGGGGUUCAUGUACGCCUUACACGAUCGCUCUCCUCCCGACCCGUCACAGACCAAUGGCUGGUCCAUCAAUCGCUACAGGUUGUUCCUGUACGUUAUGAUUGGAAUGUUCCUCUGGUCGUGGUUCCCGGACUUCAUCUUUCCCGCUCUCAGCUACUUUGCUUGGGUCACCUGGGUCAAGCCUAACAAUGUUGUCAUCAACCAGCUCUUUGGCCAAUCGACCGGAAUCUCCCUUGGCUUUCCCUUCACAGGCUUCACUCUGGAUUGGGCGCAGAUUAACUCGUUCUACGGAAGUCCUCUCGUCGCGCCUUGGCACGCGAUGGGUAAUACUGCUGUCGGACUGGUUUUCCUCCUCUGGAUCGUCGUUCCGGCGUUGCACUACACCGGUGCCUGGUAUGCAGACUAUCUGCCAAUCAGCCAGAACGGUAUCACUGACAAUACUGGCGCAACCUACAACACCUCGCGUAUCCUCACGCCCGAGCAUGUUGUGGAUCCCGCAGCAUACGAGGCCUACUCGCCACUCUUCUUGUCCACAUCCUUUGCAGUGACCUACGGUGUGAGCUUCGCGACCAUCUCCGCGCUGAUUAGUCACACCUACCUCUACCAUGGCAAGGAUAUCUGGCGCAGGUGGAAGGCCUCUGCAGGCGAGAUGGAUGACAUACACAUGAAGCUGAACCGCAAAUAUCGCUUGGUGCCCACGUGGUGGUAUAUGACACUCCUGGCUAUCAUGAUCGCAUUUGCAUUCGCUUCAGCUUGUGCCUAUCCUACCGGUAUGAAGGCAUCGUCGCUCGUUCUUGCCCUCGUCAUCGCCUUUGUCUGGACCGUACCGAUUGGAAUGAUCCAGGGCAUGACUAACAUCCAACUUGGACUGAACGUAUUUACCGAGUUCAUCAUCGGUUAUCUUCAACCCGGCCACCCCAUCGCCAUGAUGAUGUUCAAGACGUUUGGCUACAUUAUCAUGACUCAAGCACUGUACUUCUGUCAGGACUUGAAGCUCGGCCACUACAUGCACGUUCCACAACGCUCGCUGUUCGCCGCGCAGUCCAUUGCAACCAUCUGGUCGUGUUUCUGUCAACUCGGAACGGUGCAAUGGGCACUUGGCGCCAUCAAAGGCAUUUGCACUUCGGCAGCUUCCGGCAACUUCACCUGCUCGUACAUCAAGACGUUCUACAACGCCUCGGUCAUCUGGGGUGCCAUUGGGCCGAAGCACUUGUUCUCCGGAGAUGCCAUCUACAAGGACUUGCAAUGGUUUUGGCUCAUUGGCUUCUUCUUGCCAAUUGUCUUCUUCGGCAUCGCUCGAUUCAUCAUUCCCAAAUCGGGUCUCGUGAGAAAGAUCAAUGUCCCACUGAUCUUCGGCGCCAUGGCAUACAUUCCGCCAUACAGUGCCAUGAACAUCCUCUCCUACUGCGCGGUAGGCUGGGUUUUCAACAAAUACAUCCGCGACAAGGCUCGAGGCUGGUGGAUGCAUUACAAUUACAUCACGUCUGCUGCCCUGGAUGUCGGUCUGGCCAUUUGCGCCAUCGUCCUCUUUUUCUGCGUGCAGCUUCCUGGUGGCACCAUGUCCGAGUGGUGGGGUACAUCUGUGAUUGAGAAUACCGUGGACAUGAUGGGCACGGCCGUGCGGAAAACCGUCUCUGGGGACGAGACCUUUGGGCCAGCUCCUGGAUCAUGGAAAUGGUAGGACAAACACGGUUCUGGCGGGGUGCAGCCCCCGAUUGCCUAGAUGUAUAAGAUGGCUCGUAGCAUCGGCUCAAAUUAUAUCUUGGCUGAUCGGAUGAAUCCCCCGUAAUGAAAUUUUAUCCGAAUUGUUAUGAUCUCAAGUUAUGCGUUCCAAC